GUCGGGGGUGAGGCGACGCCGCGGGGCCAGGAAGCCAGGGCCGGGCGGCCUGGUGCUGCGGCUAUUGAGCAGGGUGUCCGGGUCCGGGGCAGCUGGAGAGCGCGCGGCGGGAGGCCGGACCUGGAUGGAGCAGGAAGAAUGGUAUAGAAAUGAAAAACAUCAACACGUGCUUUGAAUGUGACAAGAAAAGAAUAAAGGCUCUCAUGAUUGUUUGAGUUCAGACUUUACACUGGAAGGAAAGUAAACCUUAAUUUCUUAGUUUCAAUAAGUAGCUCUUCCUGGGAACUGGAAACUUCCAAAAAAAAAAGGAAUCCUUUGGAGAAAAAUGUGCUUUUUAAAUCCACACCAGUUGCUCUUCUAUACAAAGAACUCUUAAAGAGACGAAACAGAAAAGAAGCAGAUCAGACUGAAAGCUCAUCUUCAACUCAGAAAAGCAAAGACAUGGUUUUUUAAAAUUUUUUAUUGAAGGAUAAUUGCUUACAGAAUUUUGUUGUUUUCUGUCAAACCUCAACAUGAAUCAGCCAUAGUGAGCGAUGUUGAGCAUCUUUUCACGUGUUUGUUAGCCAUCUGUGAAGACAUGGAGUUUUGAGGAGUGAGAGAAGCCGUGGGUCGGCCAUGGGUGAUCAGGACACAGCCCGACAAUGUGGAUCAACUUCUUCAGACUGCGGCUGUUCUGCUGUCUGCUCGCAGCGCUGAUGGUGGUGGCGCUGGUCAUCAAUGUCACUCAGGUGGAGUACUUGGACCACGAGACCGCUUCAGCCACGUUCAUAGACAGUGGUGGACAGUUCGUGUCCUCCCAGGUGGUGAGAAGCAGCCGGAAUCCUUACUGCGGCUAUGAGCGCCAGAUCCUGUCCAGCCGGGAGCGCCUGGAGGAGGACUCCUUGUUGGCCGCCCUGCAGUGGCAGGAGCCGGACGUAGGCCCAGUCCCCUUUCUGAAGAGCACCGAUCCUUCUUCCAGCUAUUUUGUCAUCUUGAACUCUGCAGCCUUCUUCAGGGUGGGAAGCCAGCUAGAGGUGCUGGUUCAUGUGCAGGAUUUUCAAAGAAAGCCCAAGAAAUAUGGCGGGGACUACCUGCAGGCCAGAAUCCACUCCCCUAGGCUCCAGGCAGGGGCCGUGGGCAGAGUGGUGGACUACCAGAACGGGUUUUACAAGGUCUUUUUCACUCUGCUCUGGCCAGGUCAAGUUAAAGUGUCCAUAUCUCUGGUCCACCCCAGUGAAGGCAUCCGAGUUCUUCAGAACCUGCAGGAAAAGAAACCAGAUAGGGUCUAUUUCAAGAGCCUUUUCCGGUCAGGGAGGAUUUCUGAAACUACGGAGUGUAACGUGUGUCUUCCUGGGAGUCUUCCCCUUUGCAACUUCACAGACCUCUACACUGGGGAACCCUGGUUCUGCGUCAAACCAAAGAAGCUCCCUUGCAGCAGCAGAAUUAACCAUUUCAAAGGCGGAUACCUGAAGGGCCUCCUCACUGCUCCAGAGAAUGCUUUCUUCCAGAGUGGUGUCAAUAUCAAAAUGCCAAUCAACUCCAGUGGACCUGAUUGGGUGACUGUGAUCCCCAGGAAUAUAAAAGAAACCAACAGCCUAGGACUAUCUCAAGGUUUAGGAACUUUUCCUUCUGGUUAUUAUUACAAAGAUCAGUGGAGGCCCAGGAGGUUUAAGAUGCGCCAGUUUAAUGACCCUGACAACAUUACCGAAUGCUUACAGAGAAAAGUGGUACAUUUCUUUGGUGACUCGACAAUCAGACAGUGGUUUGAAUACCUCACUACAUUUGUUCCAGAUUUAGUGGAGUUUAACUUGGGUAGCCCCAAGAAUGUGGGUCCUUUCCUGGCGGUGGACCAGAAGCACAAUAUCCUGCUCAAAUACCGCUGCCACGGCCCACCCAUCCGCUUCACGACCGUCUUCAGCAGUGACCUCCGUUACGUGGCCAACGAGCUGAGUGGCAUCGUGGGAGGGAAGGACACCGUGGUCGCCAUAGCCGUGUGGUCUCAUUUCAGCACCUUCCCCUUGGAGGUGUAUAUCCGGCGGCUCAGGAACAUCCGUCGGGCUGUGGUCCAGCUCCUGGACCGAAGCCCUAAGACUGUGGUGGUCAUCCGGACAGCCAAUGUCCAAGAGCUGGGGCCUGAGAUUAGCCUUUUCAACAGCGACUGGUAUAACUUUCAGCUGGACACCAUCCUUCGGAAGAUGUUCUCAGGGGUUGGAGUAUAUCUUGUUGAUGCCUGGGAGAUGACCCUGGCCCAUUAUCUACCCCACAAGUUACAUCCAGAUGAAGUUAUUGUGAAGAACCAAGUGGACAUGUUCUUGUCCUUUGUGUGCCCCUUGGAGACCUAGCCUGCCAGAGGGGACUGGAGGAAUCACGUUCAGUGACCUUCUCUCUCACCUACACUACAAAAAGAUAAACUUUUUUACACAGGUGGCCCUGUGGAGAGAUGGCUUCUAUAUGUAUUUAAAAUUUAGAAAGGAGCUGGACUUCAUAUAAUCAUUGUAAGGAGCUUAGAAAAUGCAGAUUACACUUAUAUCUACCUAUAGGAUUUUUUUCCUAUCUUGACUUAGCCACGGGUGAGCCAUUAUUAACAGCAUAUACACACUAUACUGCCCUUGUAACCAAAGAUACUAAUGAGUGUGUCUGAACUAGCUUCUCUUGGCAGGGGAUAUUACUGUGCUAUGAAGUGUGAAAAAUGUUCUGACCUAAGUGGAAGGGGCAAGUUUGGUUGGCAGUGGACUGUAGUUUAUUUGGUAAAGGAGCAUAUUUGCAUGAAUAGCAUAAUUGGCCCACCUUCAGCGGAGGCGAACUUAACCCCAGGCGUGCAGUCAGCGGCUCCUGUGAUACAUUGAAGACAGCUGUGUCUCAAGAGUUUCUUUUGAUGAUCCAGUUUUUUUUUCUGAAUUACUUGAAAAGGCCAGUAUCCUUGGUCAGAACUUUCUAAUAAGAAUAUUUACAGUGUCCGACUUUAAUCUGGAAAAGAAGCAAAAGGGAAAGCUGAAAGCAGUGUAUAUAAAAUUGAUAUUUGCAUUGGGUGACUGUUACUUACUUGAUUCAGCUAAGGAUGAAUACUUAUUCUAAAAUAACCACUUUUGGAACUGAAAGGGAAAAUAUAUAAAGGCAGCUUUAUUUUUGUGUUCUGAAGUUUGAGGGUUUUAAGAAUUGACUUAUGUAAAGAUUGCUAUUGUUUGUUAUAAAGUUGUGCAAAGUAUUUCCAGCAAUACCGAGUGUUUCUUUUUUGGUUGUUAUUUUGAAUUGCAUACCCAAAUUAGAAAUUAAAAUCUAAUUAAAAAUUAAAUUUAGGUAUUGAAA